AUGAAAAAAUCGGUUGAUGUUUAAUAAAUGAUGUAUUUUUGUUGUUCAAAUUUAUAGGCUGAAACAUUUUUCCUAAUUAAUUUAUGUUAGAUUAUUUAUAAAAAUGAUAUUAUCCGCCUUCAAAAGAAAAAAUGUUACGCACACAAGGUGGAAAUCACUCUUAACAAGUCAGCAUGAAUGAA